AUGCAACGUGCCUUGGGAGCCAAGAACAAGGGAAAGUUUGUUAAUGGUUCCAUGAAAAUUCCUCCCGAUGAUGAUCUUAACUAUCCACAAUGGGAAAGUUUAUUGGAAUAUUCUGAAUUUCUUGAGUCCAAACCAGUUACCACUCCAUUAGAUCCUGCAGUGAAAUUGCACCAAGAUUCUAGUCUACCAUAUUAUGACAUCCCUUCCUAUCGAAGACUUGUAGGUAUACUAUUGUACCUCAAUGCUACUCGACCUGGCAUCACAUUCUGCACCCAACAACUAAGUCAAUUCCUUGCUAGUCCUACAGUUACACAUUUUAAUACAACAUGCAGAAUUUUGCGCUAUCUCAAAACUUUCCCAGCUCGAGGAAUUUUCUUUCCACGAGAUUCAAGCCUACAAUUGAAUGGAUAUUAUGAUGCUGACUGUUCGGGUUGCUUAGAUACCAGAAGAUCAGUAUCAGGACAAUGUUUUUUUCUUGGAAGAUCUCUCAUUUCUUGGCGCACUAAGAAACAACUCAUAGUUUCUCUCUCUUCUUCAGAGGCAGAAUAUAGAGCUCUUAUUGCAGCCACAUGUGAAGUUCAAUGGCUCCUCUACCUCAUGAAGGAUCUUCAUGUCACAUGUUCCAGAAAGGACGAAACACUUGGAGAUAGAUUGUCACAUCGUUCGGGAAAAACAAAUCAAGGGAAUCUUAAAGCUGCUGCCUGUAAAAUCUAA